ACACACAAUUGUAUUUUAAACAAAUGUACAAUUGCACAUUGCAAAGUUAAAAUUUUUUCCUAUUAUUAGUGGGAAUUAUGUGCUUCCUUUUAAUAAGUCUACAGAUGAUUUUUUUUAAGUAAAUAGAUUAGAACAGAUUUUCGAACAAAUUUUAGAAGAGAAUUCCACGAAGAAACUGUAUACAUCGUAAUAAGAAGAUUGUUAGAUAAUCCCAGUCAAAUUGAUGGUACACUAGUUAUGUUUAAAUAGACAAGAGCUAUAAAACGAGAGCUAUAUGAAACGGAGUGUAAGCAGUUGAAAUAAAUGAACUUGAGGUUCCAUAGGACAAGUUCGAUGAACGUAGAUAAUUUUACCACUGUUGUUAUCAUUGUCAUCCUCGUCACCGUCACCACCACCACCACCAUCACCACAGCUUAAAUUUCUUUGCCGUACAACAUUUAUACAGCCUUUGUACCCUUCGCUCAGAGGGGAUAGCCUAAGUAUAGACCCGGCGAGACUCUGGCCGAGUUCAGUGUGAAACCAUCAUCCUCUAGGACCACUUUCUUCGCGCCGGACGUGCUUUCCGCGUGGAAGUUUCGUCGUGUUUCAGCCGGCGAGAAAAGCUUCGACGUGCGAUUCGGAGGGACAUUUCCGUCUCUACGAUCUCUUGUGCUCAAGAACUUUUUACAUCUCUCGCGAAGAAAAUUGUAGAGAGGGAAACUGAGGGAGAAGAGAUUAUCGCGAUGGCGUACAGCUGGGAUAAUCGCGUUAAUUUCAUAGUGAAAUUUCUGUAUGAUAUUGAUAACAACGGAUAUUUGGAUAAGCACGACUUCGAGUGCAUGGCAUUAAGAAUGACGCUGAUCGAAGGCAAAGGCGAGUUCAGUUACAGUCGGUACCAAGAAAAUCUUCACAUCAUGCUCUCUUUGUGGGAGGAAAUAGCCGAUCUGGCAGAUUUUGAUAAGGAUGGGGUUGUAACGAUAGAAGAGUUUAAAAGGGCUGUGCAAAAUAGUUGUGUUGGUCGUUCUUAUAAUGAUUUUCCUCAAGCUAUGAAGAUGUUCAUCGAUAGUCACUUUAAAAUACUCGACAUGAAUGAGGAUGGCGUAAUUGGUGCCGAAGAAUUUCGAUAUGAUUGUGUUUCAAGAAUUGCUGUGGAUAACGUAGAUGUCCUUGAUAAAGCUUAUCAAAGUCUUUUAAAUGACGAUGACAGAAGACGCGGUGGAUUGACUUUAUCACGCUAUCAAGAAUUAUACGCGCAAUUUCUCGGUAAUCCCGACGACAAUUGUCCAGCAAUUUAUCUCUUUGGACCAAUAGGACAAGAGUCAUAACUGAAAUACAUUUCGAAGCGAUAUAAAUCUUUAUAUCCUUAUGUACAAAGAGAUGCACAAGCAUGCACAAAUGUAUUUAUAUUAAUUCUUAUAAUAAAUCAGAUAUUUUAUUGUAAUAAAAAAAUUUUUGUAUACCAAAUUUCACGUAUGGUAAAAAAUAAGACUUUAAUAGUAAAUCCUUUUUUUCGUAAUAUUGCAUAUUAAACACUAUUUUUCUAUUAUCAAGUAUCCUAUCAUUCUUAACAGCAAUAUACAGUAUUGUUAAAAAUUCAGAAUAAUUUUCAAGAAAAAUAUAUAACGAGCAAAUCAUCUCUUUUUAGAGUGUAAUUUCAUUUCUUGAGAAAACUGCUAUGUGUUGAUAAAUAAUUAUGUAGUUUUAAAAAUAAUUUACGUAUGUGUGUAAAAUAAUACAUGUAUAACUUAUAUGUAUAUGUAUAAGUAUAGUACAAAUUACUAUAAAUAGUAUAUAUUACGGAUUUUUUGAAAUGAAUGAAAUAAUAUAACGCAAUUGUAUAGUACAAACAGGAGAAAAUUUAUUUGUAUUUACGUGACAACACAGUACGCUUUGUAUGCUACUUGAGAUGCUUCUCUGAGUUUUCUUUUUUUUUAUUCCAUCACAUCAUUUUAAUUUGACGUUAUAUACUUUCUCAUUUCCGCACAAUACUUCAUAUUUACAUCAAAGCUUCUAUUGAUAUGCAUUUUGUCAUAUACAAGGUGCAGUAUAAAUCGAAAAUCAUUUAUGAGUAGUAUUCGAGCGGACCAACAUACAUUAAAUUUAACGAAGUUUCGCUUCAUACAUAUAUCGAACACACGCAUACGUCUGCCAAAUACACAAACCUGUACAUUUUACGACAUAUUUUUAUAUGUAUGAUUUAUAACAUUUAUUACCGUCUUUUUUUUCAAGUUUUACACAUUCAUCUGCAUGCGCAAGUACAUAUAUCGUAAUAACAACUUGAGAAGUAUUAACAACUUUGUAUUUAGCGAGUUCCUUCCUUUUGUAAUUGUAUGUACUGUUUGAGUAUAAAAGUUUCAUUCUAUAAAACGUUCAAAUUUGUGACGAAAAUGAAUUUUGUUCUUUCAAACGAGAAAUAAGCAUCAAGCAUGUUCAAAAACACAUUGAUGUUAAUGAUUAAUUCACCUGCUAGUUUUUGUUAUAUUGUACAAAACAAAAGACACUGUUGCAAAAUUUGUUACAUGUAUUGAGCAAAAGCGUCAUACUUCAUAAAGAACUUACACUGACAAAGCGCACUAAAAAAUAAAGUUGGCAAAUCUAUCCCGCACUGGGAACCUAGUAAUUAAUUGAAUGUAAACUAUCCCAUUCUUUUCUAUUCGACAAAAAUCUUAUGUAAUCCUAAAUAUUUGGCUAAAUCAUAAUAAAUUCAUGCCUAAGCAAUCAACCAAUGAUCAAAAUCACAGCAUUCUUGUUGAAAAAAUAGAAUGUUUUAGUUUAAACUUAGUGGGAUUGCAAAGCUUAUCAAAGAAAAUGUAUUUGAAUAUCUACUUUGCGAUUCCCUCAAUUAGUUUUAAAUUUUUAAUACAACAAGCAUAUUUUGAACUGGUCAAUUGCUAGGAUUCAUAAAAAGAUUCACAUUUUGUUCCUUUGAGGUUUUUGCUUACUAAGGAUCACAAAAUAAUUUCUGUAUGUAUAACUAUAAUGUACAUAAUUAAAUUAUUAAAAAUAGUAAUUGAGCCUUUU